AUGUUCCGCAACAGCAUGAUUCGGUCCACAAAGACCCUCCGCCUCACCGCCCCAUCCGCACGCCCUUUCUCCCUCUCGACCUCAAGACGCGUCGAGCAAUACCCCAACAACCUAAGCACCAACUCAAAGACCAAGACGGACAAAUACGACAGCGAUAGCCCGCACGCGGUACAAGAGAAGGUCAAGCAGGGCGACACACACAACGUCCAGGAGAGCAAUGCAAAGGCAGGCAUAGACGCACAAAAAGAGGGCAGCGGUGGUCAUGCGACUGAAGGAAAGGACUCGGCUGGUGGGAAGGAAAAGGCGAAGAAAGAGUUUCCCGAGGCGCCCGACCCAGCUAUUGGUAUGCAGGACGAGAGGGGUGGACGGGGUGGUUAA